AUGUCGCUCUGCCUCUGUUUCUGCCUCCAUGCUGAAUGCGUUUGGAAUGCUGCUUCACAGGAGAAUCUGUGGAGGCAGCAGGAGAGCUUGAAGAGGCAGAGAGAGGCGGUCCACUUCAGACUGAAGAAACUGACAGCAAGGCAAGGUGAAAUAACAAAGAAGUCAUCUGACAUGAGGGCCAGCAUCCGGAGGCAGUACGAGGAGAUCCAGAAGGUUCUGGAGGAGGACCAGAGGGUGACCCUGACCCAGAUGGAGAUGGAGGAGCGGGCUGCCGUCCUGGCCCUGGAUGACCUGGAGGAGACCAGCUGUGCUCUCAUCCAGGAGAUAGAAGUGGACCUGAGCAGGAUAUCCUCUGAGCUGGCCAGGACAGAGGAGGGAGGAGAAGAGGAGAGGAGAGAGGAGAGGGUGAAGGAGGUGCUUAGAGGGUGUGACCCAGGCAGCAUCCGUCUGGAUGAGGCCCGAGCAGAGCAGAUCCUCAGCCUGACCAACAACCUGCUGCUGCUGCUGCGCUCACAGACCCCCAUCAGCAAGAGACUCAUCAGGGGCUACCGCAGCGAGGUGUCCCUGGACCCAGACACAGCCCACCCCAAGCUGGUGGUCUCUGCUCAGGGAGACAGUGUCACCUACACCGACACCUGGCAGGAGCUGCCCGAUCACCCCGGACGCUUCGACACCACCCUGAACGUGAUCAGCCUGCAGGGCUUUGCUUCAGGGUGCCACUACUGGGAGGUGGAGGUGACCGGCAAGACGUACUGGGAGCUGGGGCUCACUUAUCUCUCCAUCCCUCGUAAGGGCCGGGCCGAGUCCUGCUGGCUGGGCCGAGGGCGUGAGUCCUGGUGUGUGGAGUUCUUUGAUGGGGAGUACACAGCCUGGCACGCUGGAGUGCCCUACCCCCUGCCCAUCACCAAGCGCUUCAGUCACAUUGGGGUGCUGUGCAGUUUCUCCACAGGGCUGGUGGCCUUCCUCGGGGGAGACAACAUGAUGCCCCUGUUCUCCUUCUGUGCAGGCACCUUCACAGACAGCCUCCACCUGGCCAUGUGCCCGGGGCAUGACCACAACAGCACCAACGCCAAACCCCUCGUGAUCUGUAAUGCAACCCCGCCAGCUAGUGCACUGUGACGUUGCUAUGGAGACUGGGCUUGAGCCUGGGGACUGACGUGUUCAGUAUAUACUAGACAGAGGACAAACAGUACAUACUAGACAGAGGACAAACAGUAUAUACUAGACAGAGGACAAACAGUAUAUACUAGACAGAGUAUAUACUAGACAGAGGACAAACAGUACAUACUAGACAGAGGACAAACAGUAUAUACUAGACAGAGUAUAUACUAGACAGAGGAGUAUAUACUAGACAGAGGACUCACAGUAUAUACUAGACAGAGUAUAUACUAGACAGAGGAGUAUAUACUAGACAGAGGACUCACAGUAUAUACUAGACAGAGUAUAUACUAGACAGAGGAGUAUAUACUAGACAGAGGACUCACAGUAUAUACUAGACAGAGGACUCACAGUAUAUACUAGACAGAGGAGUAUAUACUAGACAGAGGACUCACAGUAUAUACUAGACAGAGGACUCACAGUAUAUACUAGACAGAGGACUCACAGUAUAUACUAGACAGAGGACUCACAGUAUAUACUAGACAGAGGACAUGGUGUAUAAAUGUGGUUGAUGAAUUGUGUGUUCCCACUUGGCUGUGGCAUUAGUAGUAUCUUGUUCACCUAAAGGUUAUCAGCCUAGUUUGUAUUUAAACAUGGUCAAUGUGCUUUUUAGAUUAUUCCACAAAAAGCUAUCGAAAUCAUCCCAGUAGUUGUAGAUCCAAAGUCUGUGUUUAAACAAACAUCUGUCUCCUGUUGUAAAUAUGAUCUCUGAACCCAAAACUUCAGGGGAAAUCUAAGCUAAUAGAGUACCAGGCUAAUAAAAUAUGUUACGUAAAGUAGUAUGGUAGCUAGUUAGUAAUCAUGACAGCUAAUAUUUGUGAUCAGUGAAAACAAACAGCAACUC